ACGGCCCAUAGUGUUAGGCCGGCCCGCCUGACCAACCCAUGCGUUACCGGCGGCGGCGAUGGUCACCCUUCCCCUUCCCCUCCGAACCGAACUCCGACAUACCAGCGAUUCGACCGGCGACAGUCAGUAGCCUCGCCGGGAUCGGGGGCCCAGGAUGGCAGCCAACUUCUGGACGUCGUCGCACUACAAGCAGCUGCGGGACCCGGAGGAUGUGGACGUGGUGCCGGCGGCGGACCGGGAGCGGGGCAUCACGCCAGAGGAGUUCCGCCUCGUCAAGAUCCACAUGUCCUUCCAGAUCUGGCGGUUGGCGCAGCAGGUGAAAGUUAGGCAAAGAGUUAUAGCUACGGCAGUCACUUACUUCAGGCGUGUGUAUACAAGAAAGAGCAUGACAGAGUAUGAUCCUCGCUUGGUUGCACCUACUUGUUUGUAUUUGGCAUCAAAGGUGGAGGAGAGCACAGUGCAAGCAAGGCUUCUUGUCUUUUACAUAAAAAAGAUGUGUGGUUCCGAUGAUAAGUAUCGGUUUGAAAUUAAGGAUAUUCUUGAAAUGGAAAUGAAACUCCUGGAAGCACUUGACUAUUAUUUGGUUGUUUACCAUCCAUAUCGUCCUCUCUUACAGUUAUUGCAUGAUGCUGGCAUAACAGAUCUGACACAAUUUGCCUGGGGCCUUGUUAACGAUACUUACAAGAUGGAUCUUAUUCUCAUAUACCCACCCUAUAUGAUUGCACUUGCUUGCAUAUACAUUGCAAGCGUCCUUAAAGAUAAAGACACCACUUCGUGGUUUGAAGAACUCCGUGUUGACAUGAAUAUUGUGAAGAAUAUCUCAAUGGAAAUUCUGGACUUCUACGACACCUACAAGAUUGAUCCUCAAAGGGGCCUCCCUGAGGAUAAGAUAAGCCCAGUGAUGAACAAGUUGCCGGCAAAGGCUUAAUGCAUACUUGGCACCUAUUUGAAACUAUCUCUAACAACCUCACACGACCGACAAAUUUGAAGGCAUAAUAUUGGGUGUGCGCAGUUUGACAGUCCUAAUUUGUUCUAACAAUGAAGGCUCCCAGCCCCACAUGGUAGGGAUGGUUUGUAUGUGCCUAGUAACAGUCUCUUGUACUUAACAUUGUGGGUUUCUUGUCAUACAGAACUCCAUUGGAAUUGUUUGUCUGCUGGUUGAGGGAAUUUCAAGUUAGUUAUGAUGUAUCUUUUAAUCAUUUUGUAACUCAAAACUCAUUUGUUAUUGAGGCCUCAAGCCCUGUCAUCUGAA